AUGUGGACCGUCAAAACAGCCCACCAAGUGUACAGGCAUAUGUCAUCUGGAUACUAUGCCAAAACAGCGACCAUUUCUGUCCGUCUUUUCGCUUCCCACGCAAAUCUACCCUCCACACCCAUAUCUAUCAAAGUCUCCAAGGCAGAAGUAGAGGCCGGAAAGCUUGGCUGGCACAACGUGGAGAUUGCGACACGCGCGCUUCACCGCGAUGGCCUCGUCGUCCUGGAGGACUUGAUCAAGCACGAAAACCUGGACAAGCUGAACAAGAAGAUGGUCGAAGACGCGUACGUUUUGCAAGCGAUGGGCGAUGAUGGGCCAUUCAACUACAACAAAGGCAAUAUCCAGCAGGAUCCGCCUCUGACGGAGCAGUGGUGGGAUCCAUCCAUCUUCGUCAAUCCGAUUGUUACCCAGGUAACCAGCACAAGCCUGGGGCCAAACCCUCGUCUAUCCUUCGUCUCUGGCAACACGGCGCUUCCUCCCUCGGCGGAUGAUGGUGAGAGCCGGCCGCAGGCGCAGCCGACACACACGGACGCCGACUUCGAUCACCCGGCCAGUCCGUUCGCGCUUGUCGUCAACGUGCCGUUGGUGACGAUGACGCCGGCCAAUGGCUCGACGGAGGUCUGGCUAGGCACCCACACUGGAUCCGACUUGUCUGUCCAGGAGGGCCGGCACGGCGAGAGAGCGAGCGGGCGGAUCAGGGAGGAGCUGUUGCGGCAGAGAAGAGAGGUCAGGCCGCCAAGUCAGCCGGUAGUGCCGAAAGGGGCAGUUGUGGUGAGAGAUCUGAGGCUUUGGCAUGGCGGGAUGCCCAACUUAUCGAAGGAUCCGCGGGUCAUGCUGGCUAUGAUUCACUUCGCACCCUGGUACCGCAAUCCAAUGUUCGUGGAGUUCGCGAAUGAGUUGGGGCCGGCGUUGAGCAACGAGCGGACCGGUCUUCAAGUCCAGGGAACAUUCCUACCGGAAGAAGAAGUGGAAAAGCGUUACUUGAACAGACCAUACGGUAACGCGUAUGACUUCAGCCAACAGCAACCGGUGGAAGGCAUCUUCUGA